AUUUCUCUCUCUCCUAUCUUCUUCUCAAUCUUUGAUUUCAUCAUCCUUUUGAAAUUUAAAAAAAAAAAAAAAAAGAACACAGGCAUUCACACAAUGCCUUAUAGCCUAUAGCGUUGUUAGUAGAUUAAAUUUAAGUAUUGAAUAAGCAAGCAAGCACUCUGAGAGGCCACCCUUUUCCCGGAAAACUAAGCUUUCCGUGGUGUUUUCUGGGAAAAUAUAUAAAAGAAGCAUCAUGAGAAGUGCAAAGGAAUGUGUCAGCUUUUUUUCUCCAUGUGGGGUGACUGAAAAAAAUUGAGCUUUGAACCAGCCUUUUCCUUUUGAGGUUGCAGAGCCUCUCUCUCUCUCUCUCUCUCUCUCUCUCUCUCUCUCUUUCUCUCUCGUUUUCCACAAUGCACAAUGGAAUCUCAGAGUUUCGAGGCUCUGUCUGGGAAACUCGUUUUUGAAACUUAUCAGCAACAUGGAAUGCUACCCUUUUUUGGCUCCAUUUUGAACCCCUAAACUUUCUUUCUGGUCAAAAGGUGAACCCAUUUUUACAAACCCCCUAUUAUUGGAUUCGAGCUUUCUUCUGGGUUUGGGGCUGAUUUGAAAUUUUGAGGGUUAGGUGUUCUGUUACACUGGCUCUUAAAGUUGAGGUUUUGAGUGUGUAGUUGUGUGAUUUGAGGAUUUUGAGGGAUACCCCUAACACAGCUCUUACUUCAGUUAGUUCAUUUUGGAUAUGAAAUUUUGAGAUCUGUUUUGGGAGUUUGGGGAGCUCAAUCACUGUGCACUUGGUGUUUGUCAAAAGUUUGAUAUUGGUUUCCUUAAAGUAAUGGGAAAAGAAAAUGAGGUUUUAAGUGAAUUUUGUAGGUAGCUGAUGAUGCUGAUGGACAAUUAGAGCUUGCAGAAUUCAUAUCCAGUGGAGUGUUUUUGAGGUGAUUAUCAUCAAUGUCUGGAGCUCCAAGAUUGAGGUCUAUGAAUGUUGCUGAUUCAGAGGCAAGGCCUGUGCUUGGACCAGCUGGAAACAAGACUGGCUCUUUGAGUUCAAGGAAAACAGCUUCAAAGCCACUGAGGAAGAAGGUUGAUAAGUUGCUGGAUGAGAUUGCAUCAGUCAAAGAGAAGAAACCCCAUCAAGUGUUGUUGUCUUCAGUUGCCACUUCCUCUCCACAGUCACAUUCAGCCAGUGUUUCUUUGCUGCUCCCCCGGCAUGAGCAGUUACUGCAUUCUAAUCUGUCCCUGAAUGCUUCAUGUUCAUCUGAUGCCUCUACAGAUUCAUUUCAUAGCAGAGCAUCUACCGGGAGAUUGACUCGGUCUUAUAGCCUAGGUAGCAGAAGGAAGCCCUAUGUGUCAAAGCCAAGAAGUGUUGCCUCUGAUGGUGUGCUGGAAUCUCCCACUGAUGGAUCACAAUCCAACAAGAGGUGUGCUUGGGUCACUCCUAAUACUGAACCAUGUUAUGCUACUUUCCACGAUGAAGAAUGGGGAGUUCCAGUACAUGAUGACAAGAAACUAUUUGAGCUUCUUGUACUUUCAAGUGUUCUGGCUGAACACACUUGGCCAGCCAUUCUAAGCAAAAGACAUAUUUUUAGGGAAGUUUUUGUAGACUUUGAGCCAGUUGCUGUGUCAAAACUGAAUGAGAAGAAGAUAAUGACACCAGGAACAAUUGCGAGCUCCCUACUUUCUGAAGUUAAAUUGCGUGCUAUAAUUGAGAAUGCUCGUCAAAUAUCAAAGGUCAUAGAUGAGUUUGGGUCCUUUGACAAGUAUAUUUGGAGUUUUGUGAACCACAAGCCUAUAGUUAGCAGAUUCAGGUAUCCAAGACAGGUUCCUGUGAAAACACCAAAGGCUGAUGUUAUUAGCAAAGACCUGGUGAGGAGAGGUUUCCGAGGCGUUGGCCCCACAGUGGUAUAUUCCUUCAUGCAGGUUGCUGGUUUAACCAUUGACCAUCUUAUCAGUUGCUUCAGAUUCGAGGAGUGUAUAGCCGCAGCAGAAGGGAAGGAAGAGAAUGGCAUCAUGGACAAUCAUGCUGAUCAGAAAGAGAGUGAAAACAUCAUGGAAUCAGAUCUGUCUAUUGCCAUGGAGGACUUGAGCUUCGCCUCUGAAUGAUGUCUUAGAUUUAGUAAUGACGGAGGAGAAUCUGUAUAAAUAUCAUCCAGUCCCUAAACAUGAUGAAUUCUUAGAUUGUAGUUUGCUAAAAGCACAAGUAAAUUAAAUCAAUAUCGUACCCUUUCUGCUGUACCAGGCUUCUGCCUUAGAAAUUGGUGUACAAUUUUUUGUACAGUUUAAAGGAUCAGUAAUUAGAAUUUUCUUUGAAGCCAGUGGCAGCAGGCAAUAGACGUAACCAAUUCUUUGUUCUUUUUCACCAUCUCAUUUUAGAGAAAACCUAGGUGUUUUUCCCUAGAUGAACACA